AUGUCUUCUUGCCUCUUCUUCUGCCGCAAGCUAUUGUCUUCGUCUUCGCCGGCCACCGGGUGGUUAAGGUGUCAUUGGGCGUUGCGGUCAGCCAGGUGCGUGAGUACGACGGAGGAGAAGAACGCACGGGUGGUGACUCUGAAGAACGGAAAUGAUUCGCUGGUGAUAUGCCGAAUUAUUAAUGGGAUGUGGCAGACCAGCGGCGGAUGGGGCACCAUUGACAGCAGCGCUGCCGUCCAGGCUAUGCUAAGCCACGCCGACGCAGGACUCACCAGCUUCGACAUGUCCAAUCACUACGGUCCUGCAGAAGACUUGUAUGGCUUUUUCAUCAACAGAGUUCGUCGGGAACGACCUCCAGAGUUCCUUGAAAAGAUCAAAGGCCUUACAAAAUGGGUGCCAUCUCCUGUUAAGAUGACAAGCAAUUAUGUGAGGGAGAGCAUCAAAACGUCACUUAAAAGGAUGGAUGUUUCUUCAUUGGACAUGCUUCAGUUCCACUGGUGGGAUUACUCCAACUCUGGAUACCUUGAUGCUCUCAAACACUUGGCCGAUCUCAAGGUGGAAGGUAAAAUAAAAACCCUGGGUUUAACAAAUUUCGAUACGGAGAGAUUACAAAUUAUACUGGAAAACGGUAUUCCAAUAGUUAGCAAUCAGGUGCAACACUCUGUUAUUGACAUGCGACCUCAACAAAAAAUGGCAGAGCUUUGUCAGCAAACUGGAGUUAAACUUAUAACGUAUGGAACUGUUAUGGGUGGCCUCCUGUCUGAGAAGUUCCUAGAUGUCAAUUUAUCAAUCCCUUUUUCAGGCCCUACUUUAAAUACCCCAUCUCUGAAGAAGUAUAAAAGGAUGGUUGAUGCUUGGGGAAGUUGGAGCCUCUUUCAAGUUUUGCUUCAAACACUGAAGAACAUUGCAUCAAAGCACGGGGUUUCUAUUCCUUCCGUAGCCGUUAGAUAUGUUUUGAAUCAGGCAUCAGUUGCAGGAUCAAUGGUUGGAGUUAGGCUAGGUCUAUCUGAGCAUAUAAAAGACACAUGUGCCAUAUUGUCCCUUGAUCUGGAUGAAGAAGAUAUGAGAAGUAUCACAGAGGUGUCAAUGAACGGGAGAGAUCUUUUGAAAGCGAUCGGAGACUGCGGUGAUGAAUAUCGCUAGGCCAAAACACUUUUUUU